UCGGCUCCUCAAAGCGCUGGCCGUCGUGACAGAGCGGGGGGACCCGAACACCCCCGUGUCAGUGUCGGAUGACGUCCACGUGUUUGCGCUGCACGAGGCUGUCCAGUGCCAGCUGCAUGGUGUUGUGGACCUGCUGAUCGAAGCCAGGGCCGAGGUCGAGCUGAAGGACUCUGCGGGCCAGACCGCUCUGCAAGUCGCGGCCUGCUCCAGGUGCGCGGGCAUCAUCAGCACCCUGCGGAGAGGGAGGGACAUCGCGGACAACGAGCACUUCGAGGGGGCCCUCUCCUGGCUGCGGGACCUGCGCCUCUUCCAGAGGCUGCCGCGGGCGGAGCUCCCGCGGCUCGCCGCGGCGUUCCGGCACCGGCGCUACGCGGCGGGCGAGUUCGUCUUCCUGGAGGGCGAGGCCGGGCACGAGAUGUUCGUCAUCGCGAAGGGUUGCGUGACGCUGUCCAAGCUGGAGGGCGACAGGCGCGUGGCGAAGCGGACCCUCGGGCCCGGCGAACACUUCGGCGAGCUCGCCCUGCUGGACGGCGCCCCGCGUACCCGCAGCGCGCAGGCCUGCGAGGGGGCGCUGGAGGUGCAGGCGCUCGGCCGCGCCGACUUCGAAGGGCUGGGGCUGCGGUGGAAGCUGAAGCUGAAGCGGAAAGCCAUGCGGCAGGCCGACACCGACCAGGCCGGGCCCGCGGGCACCAGCUGCGCCAAGACGCCCGAGGAGGCUGCCCUGGUCCAGGACGCCAUCCUCCGGAACGAGCUGCUGGGGCCGCUGCUGCAGACCCUGGACCCGAGCGCGCUGGGCGACAUCGUCCAGAAGGCGCACGCCCAGCAGUUCGGAGCGGGGGCUGUUGUGAUCCGGCAGGGCGAGCUGAGAGCCGACACGUGUUAUGGACAGGGGCGCGUGCAGGUGGUCGUGGACGACAAGGUCAAGGCGUCCGAGGGUCCGGGGUACUCCUUCGGAGAGAAGGGCCUGCUGUGGAGGCACGCGCGCACGGCGACGGUGCGAGCUGCCACGCCGGCCAGGCUGUGGGUCCUGUCGCGCCAGGCGCUCCGGGCCGCCCUGCAGGCACCCCUGAGGCGCAAGCUGGAGCGCUUCUCGCGCCUGGUGGACAGCGUCGAGAUCUUCGAUCACAGUGAGCGCGAGGCCCUCGCCGAGGCCCUCGUGGAGACCGAGUUCCACCGCGGUGAGUACAUCGUGAGGCAGGGGGAACCUGGGGACUUCUUCUUCAUCCUGAUAGAGGGAGAGGUCGCCGUCGAGAUCGACGGGGAGGAGAGGCGGCGGCUCCGCGGCAGCGACAGCGAGGCGCCCCCGCCUGGGACGACGCCGACGAGCACGGACUCGUGCUAUCCCAGCAACUGCUUCGGGGAGAGGGCGCUGAUGUACGACGAGCCGCGCUCCGCCUCGGUCCGCGUGGUCAGCCAGCGGGUGCUCGUCUUCGUCAUGUACCGGGACGCGUUCGCGGCAGUGCGGGACAUGGUCAUGGGCAGGAGGCGCACCGUCAAUGGGAACACGGGCAGCGACUCGACCGUCGGGCUUUCCAUGUCUGUGCACCGCCCCUGGACGUCCGAGAACGCGGUGCCGUACGACUUCUCCCAGUUGGAGACGUUAGGCGUGUUGGGCUGCGGGGCCUUCGGGAAGGUGACAUUGGUCAGAUGCGGGGUGACUGGCCAAAACUUGGCCCUCAAGGCAAUAUCCAAGGGAUAUCUCGUUCAAGAAGACAAUCAGAAGAGUGUGAUUCACGAGAAGAAUAUACUGCAGAUGACGAGCAGCCCAUUUCUUGUGCGGCUCGCCGCCACCUUCAAUCGAGAGCAGCACGUGUAUUUCUUGAUGGAAGCCGCCCUGGGUGGGGAGUUGUACACGGUUUACGAGAACAGGGAUCUCUGGGGAUCACAACCACACGCGAGAUUCUACAUCGCGUGCGUGGUGCUGGCUUUCGAGCAUCUGCACCAGCAACUCGUGGCGUAUCGGGACUUGAAGCCAGAGAACGUGCUGCUGGACGCCAAAGGCUAUUGUAAGGUGGCCGAUUUCGGGCUCUCCAAGUUUACUGUGGGGCACACGUACACCAUGUGCGGAACGCCCGAUUAUUUCGCACCUGAAAUGGUAUUAGGUGCCGGACACACGUUGGCUGUGGAUUGGUGGUCGUUGGGCGUCUUGAUUUACGAGUUGCUCAUGGGACACACUCCGUUCUCUGCAGACGAUCCAAUGGCGAAUCUUCGCGAGGGUGCAGCGCGGCAUCGGGAGCGCCGAGGCCCCAGCAGGCAACCCCGCGUGGUACCAGCUGGUGAAGAGCCUGUGCCAGCAGAAGCCAGAGUCCCGUCUGCCUACGCAAAGCGGGGGCAUCAAGAACAUCCAGGACCUACUUUGGAUCACCCGUGGUACACCGAGGAAGCCUUCGACUGGCGCGCCCUCGCGAGCCGCACUGCGCAGGCGCCCUACGUGCCGCCGGCGGUCAGUCAGGGGGACCUCUUCCAGGAGGAGGCGGAGGAGCCAGAUUUCGUCCACUACGUCGACGAUGGGAGCGGCUGGGAUGCGGACUUCGAGGACGUCGUCGGGCCCAAGUUCGAUCUUUGA